AGAACCAGCUGAAGGACGUAACACUACCAUGCUUCGCAAUGCCCUAGGAAAAACCUUUCGAUUUCUUGGGUAUACUGUGCAAUAUGGAUGCAUAGCACAUUGUGCCUUUGAGUACCUUGGAGGAAUUGUUGUGUGUUCUGGACCUUCAAUGGAACCAACCAUUCAAAAUUCUGAUAUUGUCUUUUCGGAGAACCUUAGCCGCCACUUUUAUUGCAUUCGAAAAGGAGAUAUUGUAAUUGUGAAAAGCCCAAAUGACCCCAAAUCAAAUAUCUGUAAAAGAGUAAUUGGCUUGGAAGGGGAUAAGGUCUGCACAAGCAACCCUUCAGAUUUCCUUAAGAGUCACAGCUAUGUGCCUAAAGGACAUGUUUGGUUAGAAGGUGAUAAUCUCAGGAAUUCUACAGAUUCCAGGUGCUAUGGACCUGUUCCUUACGGCCUGAUAAGAGGACGCAUUUGUUUUAAGAUAUGGCCUCUGAAUGACUUUGGAUUUCUACGUGCAAGCCCCAAUGGCCAUAGAUUUCUUGAUUGAAAAAUUUAAGUUACUAUUGCCAGCAUUCAGAGUAUUUUCUACUAAAAUCAGUGGAACUAUUUUUGUUUAGAAUAAAAGUAUUACUUGA